GUCUCUCUCCGUGGGUGACCUUGUUUUUAGCCAAUGCCUGAGGCAGGUCUUAUCUGGGAGGAGACGAUAUAAGGAAAGAGUGUGUGCAGUAAUGCCAUUCACUGCUUUGUGAUCGCUCUUAGUAAGAUGAAGAAAUCCACAAGUUUGAAAAUACGCCUCCCUGCCCUCGUACUUGUCUCUGAGAUUGUGUUCAUUGCUCUCUAUGCUGGCUUUGUUACAUAUGACACUGAUGCUAACGCAAAGCUACAGGACAACAUGACAAAUCCAAUGGAAAAUGAUCUCUAUAAGGACUAUCCUGUCUUUGUUGACGUUCAGGUGAUGAUAUUCAUCGGCUUUGGCUGCCUUCUCGCCUUUUUGCAUCGCUAUGGGUUCGGUGGCUUGGUUUUUAACUUCCUCACGGCCACCUUUGCCAUCCAGUGGGCGAUUCUUGUGCAGGGGUACUUUCAGUUCUACUCUGACGGCAAGAUUCACCUAGGGGUAGUUAACCUCCUCAAUGCUGAGUUUGCCUGCGCAGUGGUGCUGAUCAGCUAUGGCGCUGUACUGGGAAAGACCAGUCCUGUGCAGCUCCUGGUUAUGGCUUUGCUGGAGGUCCUAGUUUUUUCCAUCACUGAGUGGGCUGUCCUUAACCACCUAAGAAUCAACGAUGCAGGUGGGUCCAUUCUUAUUCACGUCUUUGCUUGUUAUUUUGGGCUGGGAGUCACGUUUGUUCUGUAUCGGCCAAGCCUCAACAACGGCCACGAAAAUGAAGCCACCAGCUACCAGUCAGACAUUCUUUCAAUGAUGGGGACCCUGUUUCUCUGGGUCUUCUGGCCGUCCUUUAACUCCGCUGUGACUUUCAAGGGAGAUGACCAGCACCGGGCCAUUCUCCACACGUUCAUCGGCCUUAGUGCCUCCACCCUCACUGCUUUCGCGCUCUCCGCCCUGCUAAGCCAACGGGGCAAGCUCACCAUGGCUGAUAUCCAGAACGUCACCCUGGCAGGGGGUGUGACAGUGGGGGCGUCUGUUGACAUGAUGAUCUCACCGGUGGCUGCAUACAUUCUUGGUGUGCUUGGGUGCAUCGCCUGCUUCUUCGGCUACAAAUACCUCACUCCAUUCCUGGCUCAGCGCUGUAGGAUCCAGGACCAAUGCGGCAUCCACAACUUGCACGGCCUGACUGGAAUCAUCUCCUGCCUGGGUGGAAUUUGGGGCAUUAUGAUGGCAAACGAAGACACUUAUGGGCCAAGCCUGUAUCAGACCUUUGCCCAUAGAGCACCUAUGGAAGGGGACCCCAGGCUUCAUGAACUGCAGCAGCUCAUACCAGGCCUCCAGCCGGGCUUGGGUCGCACCGCCUCGGAGCAGGCCCUCUACCAGGUGGCUGCUAUGUUCUCCACCAUAGGGGUGGCAGCAGUGGGCGGCAUUGCAACAGGAUUUGUCUUGAAGCUUCCUUUCCUAGCCUCGCCUUCCGAUGAGUGCUGCUUUAGUGAUAAGCCGUACUUCCAUGUGCCCUCUGACCAUGAGAGUCUAGCAGUUCCCAAGCUCCCCGAGGGUCCAGAAGACACGAAGGUAUAAGUUUGUCAGACAUCUGGCUCAACAGAUGCUAUUGUACUGUAGCAAAAUCAUUUCUUAGUCCAUCCAGUGUUUUCUGUUACUACAGUAAUAAUAUCUUCAUUUUUUUAUUGUUGCCAUGUGGGACCAAAUCUUGAUUUCCAAGCAUGCUGAGAUCCCCUUACUGUCUUACCAUUUAUUUUGCAAAUUAACCGGUCAGAGUGACCAGUUAAGCAGUUGUUAGUUAUCUUUUAAAAUGCCAGUUUUUGUGUAACCAUGCACUAGUUUGACUCACUAGAAUUCAACUUCUAGUUUAAAAUAGUUUUAAUAGUCUGUUUUUUAGCGGUUUAUUUUUGGCACAGGCUAGUCUUCUUGAAGUAUUUUGAAUCCUAUUUUGCACAAUUAUUAUUUUUCCAAAGACAAUGAACAAAACGACUGGUUUCAUAAUUUUCUGUAAAAAUUCA